UAAACUACGUAACUUCAGGUAUAAAUUAAUUGUUAAGCAAUAUGUGAAAAAACAAAGAAUUGAAAUUUGGGUCUCUAUAAAAGUUAAUGAACGCAACACACUUACAAAAUUUGAUCAUCGUCGGCAUCGAAUGUAAAGGUUUGAAAUAAAUAUAAAUCUUAUUUAAUUAUUGUUUCAUGCGUGUUCCUUAAUAUUAAUAAUUUCCGAUUUUGGCGUACAAAUUUACCAAUUUUUGCAUUUUCCUGUCAUGAAAAAUAUUUGUCACAAAAAUUUCAAAUUUAUUAUUUAAUCGUUAAUCUUUAAUUUCUAAUCUUUAAUCUUUCUCUUAACAACAUUGUCCCAAAAUGCUUACCAAAAUAAAUACAUAUCCGCCCUCUGCGUACUCAUAAAGAAGGGUAAGUAACAAGAAAGAAUAAUAAAUAUUAAACUGCGUAUCAUUCGAUGAUGUGACCAGUCCACUAAUAUUUUAAUUGUAAACUAUGCAAAAUCAUCUAUCCCACGCAUAUCGAUAAAUAAAUAAGUUAUCAUUUCGACGACCUCAUUUCGAAACACAAGGAAAAAAAUCUUGAUAUAAAAUGGUAAAAUGUUUACUGAUCGGAUUUCAGUUUCUUUUUCGACUCCCAUGAAAAGUUGUAAAAAUGCGUGUCUCAUCAAAAAUGCGAAUUUUAUAUUUCUUCCUCAUUUUUGCCUACAUUACCGCCUCGCAAUCAGUAACGGUAACAAGUGGGGGGUCAACAGGUCGUCAGGUUCAGCAGGGCUUUGCAUAUGGACAACCGGCUCAGGAAGAAGGGAACGUGGUGGUGGGUGUGGAUAAUCCACCAGUGAUGGGCAACCCCACCAUGUUCCAUUACCAAACGUAUCCUCAACAACAAUACAAUUAUCCUGUUAUCAAGUCGAAAAAGAGGUGUAUCAUGACGGACAAGGGGAAAAUGAAGUGCAAAUAUCGCAGGGAUGGUAAUGCCGACUCGUACGGAGUUCCUAUGACAUCUGGUGGGGGGUGGGGUUCUAGUGAUGAUGGUGACGACAAAGGUGGUGGUGGUGAUGGGAGCGGUAUUGCGGGUCUCUUAGGUCUGGUGGGGUUGAAGGGGUUGAAGGGCGUGGCGGGUGCGAAGGGGUUGGUCACCUUGCUCCCCUUCCUGCCCCUCCUGGGCCCCAUCCUGUUCCCCAUCGUGGUCAUUCCCUUCACCUUGAUCGGCCUGAAACUGAUCCUGCUCGGGGUGGCGUUUCUCUUGAAGCCGAUUUUAAUCCCGGGACGAUCCGCGAUCACGAUGAUCGACCUGAAUUUUUUGAGGAAUGCGACAUUUUCGAGCGUUUCCAGGAUGGUGCGUGACGUGCUGGAAAGUGAGGAGUGUGUGGAGCGGAUCGUUUGCAGGGUGGCGAGAUCUGGGAGAGAGUAUGACGGGAUUAGGGGCGUGGGGUGGAUGUGGGUGGAAAGGUUGGCCAACAGCUUGCCGGAGGAGGGUCGUUAUUUUGAGAAAAUUAGGAGAGGUCUCAAAUUAAGGAAGGAAGAGGACUUUACUAAAAAUCAUGAAAAAUCGUCUUCCUCCGAAGAUGUAUGCAUGAAAUUUGUAUGCACGCCAGAAUCAGUUUUCGGUGGGGGAGGAAAGAGUAGAAAAAUUGAGGAAAAAGUUCACUAAUUUUGUUAAAUACUCAAAUUAUUAUAAUCUCUUAAAUUAUUUAUGAUAUUAGAAACGUGCACAUUUUUAGAAGAAUUUUGAAGCCAUAAAUAUUUUGUAAUUAUUAUUCCGCAUCGACUUUAGACUUCGAGACAGAAAACCAGGCCAUUAAUAAAUACGAAUUAAAAAAGGUGGGCAAAAUGCUUUGUGAGUCAAAUAUUUUGAGCUCGGUUCUUCCCAGGGUUUUCGAUUUCCGGUGCUGCGUUACACCAAUAAAUAGACGAAAAUCUACUUUAAGAAGGCAAUAGCCCGUCGAAAAUACGGGUUUUGUAAAGAAAUUAUCUUUUUAUCGUUGGAAAAAUGCAUUGUUUUCACGAUUUUCUAAAAAUAAAUAAUUUUUCCAGCGAUGAAAACAAAAUUUUUUUCAAAAAACCUGUAUUUCCGGCUGAUUUCUGUCUUCUCUACGUAGAUUUUUAUCUUUUUGUGGAUGAAACAGUCGCAUGAAAAUGUAGGGGUUGUCGGUAAUUAAUUUUAUACCGUUGUUAAAAUACUUUAUUUCUAAAAAAAAAUUGUGAAAACACAGCGAUAAAAAAUUAAUUUCUUCAGAAAACCCGUAUUUUUGACUGACUGUUGCCUUCUCCACGUAGAUUUUCGUCUUUUUGUGGGUGUAACAGCCCCGCCGGAAAUCCAAACCCUGGGAAGAACCGGGCUCAAAAUACUGCAUUUUAACAAAGUAUUUUACCCACCCUUACAAAUUAAGUAGACUGACUGACACGAUGACUUACUUAAAAUCGACGCAAGCUAUUUAUUUAAAUAUGUACGUGUAAAGACCAAUAGUGAUGACAUGACAUUAUUAACGACACUUGACUUGUAUGUGAUGACUGACAUGCUUCAGUUUUUUUACACACCUUGGACAAACAAAGAUGAUGACAGGGGUGCAAUUAUGGGUGUAUUAUAAUAAUAAAUAUUUAUUGUAAUCAAA